AGAUGGUCCACCAUACAACCUUGUUGAUAAGGAAACAUUAUGACGCAUUAUGUUAAAUGCCAUUUUGAAAAGCAGUUUACGAAAGUGUCACACGUAUGAUGGCGGGUAGUGAUAAUGACUCAAAAACCGUAAACGACAGUGAUUUUGUUGACCGUACCGGAGCAUUAAUGAUAUCCUCUCCAUCAACAAAAGUGCCAGAAAAUCAAACAAAAAAAAAUGAAUUGCGACUUGUUCUAGUAGGAAAAGUUGGAGUCGGAAAAAGUUCUACAGGAAACAGAAUUCUAGACAGAGAUGCUUUUAAGUCGAAACGAAAAGCAAGAUCGGUGACAACACAUGUCAAAACAAGGCGUUCCGAGCUGAAAGAUAGAUCAGUAUUAGUAAUUGAUACACCAGGGUUGUAUGACACUAGAAACGAAAACUGCCGUCAACAUGUACAAGAUGCAAUUAAAACUUGUAUAAAUGUAGGGGCACCUGGACUUCAUGCGAUUAUUUUUGUUUUGUCAACUGCGACACGAUUCACUGCAGAGGACAAAAAAUGUUUUGAGGAUUUUUUUGAAAUAUUUGGGGAAACGUUUUUCAGUUAUGCUGUAGUUGUUUUCACUGGAGCAGACCUCUUAAAAGCUGACAAAAUGAGUUUACAAGAUUAUAUCGGUAAAGACAAUGUUUUGAAAUCGUUUCUUAAACAAUGUGGAAAUAGAAUAGUAGCUUUUAAUAAUAGAGAUCCAGCUCCUCAUGAAAAAGAAACACAAAGACAUCUUUUGAUAUCCAUAGUUACUGAAAUGAAUCAAUCCAAACAGACAUAUUAUACAAAUUUAGAUUUUAUAGAUGCAGAAGAGAGGCUUAAAAAAAUUGAAAAAAUGAAAGAAGAAGAACAAAUAAAAAAACUUGAAGAACUACGCAAACAAUUGGAAGCAAAACAUACUGCUAACAUUGAAGCUCUUCUAAUUAAGCAUAAAGAAGAGAUAGACAAUUUGAGGGAUCAACUUAGAGAGAAUUUAGAGCAACAGAUGAAAACGGCGGGAAAAGUGGAUAAACAAAAUAAAUGCAUAGUAAUGUAGAAGUCAAGAUAAGGAGAAUUAACAAAGAGGGAACAAUACCGUACCUUUGUGAGAUAGUAUCCCCCAUGAUAGUUCUAUUUAUAUGCAAACUCAUUAAGAUUCUGCUUUAAUGGUAUAACUAUUGGAACCAAAACUGAAUGGCACUAUACUAGUAACAUUCUACGGUGUUAACACAAGAUUAAAAACUAUAAUGGAAGUUUUAAAGGGAAGGCCAUUUGAUUUUCGGAGGUGAAAAGGAGUGAAGUAUUUUAAAUUAAUAUUAUAAAGUUUUGCUUUUUUUUAAAUACUAUAUUUAUUUGAUUAUUCAAUAUAUUUUUUUAUACAUAUACAUACAUGGUAUAGUAAUCCUUUGAAUAUGUUUUCAAUGAUUGCAUGAUUGUUGUAUGCUUAAUAUCCAGUGGCAAACAUUUCAUGACAUUCAGGUUGAAAACAAAUUCACAAUAAAUAAGUAAGCUUUGUGUGUUUUUUUUUAAAUUUUGGUUCAUUUGUAUGUUUUAGAGUUAAGUUUGACGUCCAUUUCGCUGAACUAGUGUCGUACAUUAAUGUUUAGGGGUCAGCUGAAGCCCGACUCCAGGUGCGGAAUUUUCUCGCUGCAUUGAAGGCCCAUUAUUGGUGGCCUAGGGAUGUUUUCCGUCCUUGGUAGGGUUGUUGUCUCUUCGACACAUUCCCCGUUUCCGUGACAAGUCUAUUUCUUGUACACUAUUAAACUAUUGUUAAUAUAAAACAGGCAUUCGUAGUUGAUUAUAUAGUUGUGUAUAAAUCAGUGACAUUUGAUCAAACGUAAAUAAAAAAAGAGUAAUUCGGCAAUUUCAGACUGCAUCAUAAUUUAUCACUGAUACUUGUACUAAAUAUUCAUGCUUUGUGCUAAACAAAUAUUAAUAACUGUCCAUUGAUGACGUACGAUGUAAAUAUGUGGUUUUUCAAAAAUCAAAUAAACCACAUAUAUACCUCUAUGAAAGACAGUAAUUGUGUUAUUUCAUAUUCCAGGGGAGGGGGGACAAAAAUGUAUGUAAUGACAAUUAUGUUAACGCAAUUGUACAUCAAACAUUUUACCAUAAGUACACUUUAAAACAUGUGACGUUAAACAGGUAUAUCACUUUUCUACAGAUGACUAUGCUAUUUUAUUAAAAUUCCUAUUCAUAUAGAAAAACAAACUGAAAUAAUAUUAAUAUAAAAUAAUGUUUAUAACAUAAAAUAAGUGUAUUGGGCUGCAAUAUCAAUUUAUCUACCAUUGUGAUAUAAUUCCAAUUGCAGUUGGGCUCUUUUAUAAAACAAGUUUAUCAUGUUUAAUUAUAUCGUGAUUAUUCUAGUUUUUGUUUACUCAUUAAUCAUAAUGUGUGUAUCUUGCGUUGACUA